AUGGCGGACUCAGUUUCUAUCUACGAUGAGAUUGAAAUCGAAGACAUGACCUUCGAUCCUGUGUUGCAAAUAUACCACUACCCAUGCCCAUGUGGGGAUAGGUUUGAAAUUGGCCUCGCAGACCUGCGCGAUGGAGAAGACAUCGGUGUCUGUCCUAGCUGUAGUCUGAUGAUCAGGGUCAUCUUUGAUGAGGCUGAUUUGCCAAAGGAUGACAGCGGCAAUAAUGGCGGAGUGGCUACUGCUAUCACAGCGUAA